GGGUGUUCCCCUUCCCCCUCUUGCCCUCUGUUGCUUCUGCUGCUGCGGCCGACCUCGUUGGUUUCGAGUCGGUCGGCGCUGCGUCUACCCCUAGCGGGAGACGCCGUACCGGCAAGGGCAAGGGGGCAAGGGCGCUGGAGGGGCUGGCGGGGGCGGUGGAGGUGGUGGUGGAGGCAGUGGAGGGGUGGGGGUGGUGGUGGGAGUGGUGGCGGGGGUGGAGGUGUCGAAGGCAGCAGUGGAGGCGGAGGAGGCGGCGGCGGUGGCGGAGGGAGCGGAGGCGGCGGAGGUGGUGGAGGCGGGCUUCCUGUGAAGGAGGGCAACGUGGAGCUGAUGCGAGUGAUAAGGAGAAUGCGCGAGACCGUACAUGCACGCCAUGCCCGUGGGCCACCUAUUCUCCACGCGUUACCAUCGUUCCCACUCACGGUCGUACCCCUCCAUGUCGCUGUCAUCCCUUCCACCCCUCCCUCUCCUUUCGUUUCAAACACAGAGACAGCGCUGGCAGAGAAGGAUCGGUGGGCGCCUCACUAA